GCUGGGUUGGUUCCUGCGCUUCUCUUCUCUCCUUACCUCAGUCGACCUAAGGUACCUAACGUUAGGUAUUCCAUCCACUUCUACCCAGGCACGGAGUACCUAGGUCUUGGAUUUAUUUCUUACUCCCGUCUGAUAUUAGAUGGAUGCUGCUUGUAUUGACUGUAAAACCCCUUCGACGACAACCAAGAGAAAAGGAAACGAAAUUUGAUAAAGGCUCCGUUUUCGUUCAAAGGCCGUCUUGGGCUUCGAAGAACCACUACUUGAUCCUAUCAUUGUUCCUCCUCUCGUCUCAGUCAAUCGCCCCUUAUUCAGCCAAUUUUCCCUUCCUUUGUCUCUUGUCUCGCCUCCACUUCUGCAUCUGCUGCAUCUCGUCAUUAGGCUGAUUCACUUCCUCGACGCCUCAGAAUCGAGUCGGCCAUCUCGUCUUGCCUUACAAAGACGGACAAACCCAUUAUACAGAUCAUCCCGUAUCCUCGGUAAGACAAUCUCACACCCUCGUUGUGCGCCUUUGAACCUUUUCUCGACACAAACUUCCAUACCCGGCCUUGCCAGCUCUUCUCAGGAGAUAUCCUUGUGCCGGUCACGGCGACAGCCGACAUAAUCAUUGUCAGAAAGAAAAAGACCACCCAAGCGGAAAGGCAGGCAAAGGCAAGGGAAUCGCGACAACCUAACGAGGCCCUGAACUGUACUGCAACGAAUGCCGUUUAGCGCCUCUUGGAUCCCGCCAUCGUCCUUGGCCUGCAUCCGACCCACGCGCCAGUCCCAGGCUCAUUCUAUUCUGAGCCAAGAUUGCCAUCCCAGAACAAACACAGGCGUUCCCGUCCCUGCCCUGGACGUGUUAGGUACUGACUGCACUGUACCGGUACGGUACCGUACCGCCUGUCCGUCGGCUCUCUCCACUAUCUCAUCCUCUAGUGACUAUCGCCAUUCACCGUUGGUUUCUGCUUCCUGCACCCUUUCCCUUUUUUCAAUAUCUGCACCUAAUUCUGUUUGAAGCCAACACAACAUUCUUAUACCGAGUCUUUUGUGCCAUUAUAAGCGAACCGCUCUAUUCUACAUGUGCUGACAUCCUCCUCGAAUUGUUGGCAGAGGCCUCGUACGGCUUGCUUUUCUGUUUCCCCACUCACGAUCCAUCGUCGGCCUCCCCUCGAUAUCAGCCGCCGUUGUCCCUCAAGUAACCCACCUCUAUCAACCGAAGUUGUUGAUCCUCCUCAAAAACCGUUCCAAAGUCUAUAUUCCAACAAACAUCGACAUCUUGGAGGGCGACCACCCGGGUCAUGGCCGGCUACCAACGACCCAUGAGUUUUUCCGAAAGACGAGGAAGCGCCCUCAGUGACGACUUGACCCUCGGCACAUCGACGAAUCCCAUGGUUAACCACCGCUUGGAAAAGCUGCCUCAGCAGCAACGGCACUUGCGUGGACCUCCUACUCCCAGCAUGUCUACACCCGCCGCGGACUUUGAUCAACAACUCACUGGCUCACCUCCACCGCCUCCCACACCCGCUGCGUCUCCGGGACCUUCGCAUUUCCAACCAGAUUGGAGUGAUGCGGCUGAUGACGAAGACUUCUUUCUCGCAAAAGUCCGGCAACACUUCAAAAACUGUUCUGGCCCUCAGAGGACUCGAGUCCUCGCCGAUCUGCUGAACCUCUGUACCAGCCAGCAAUUGAGUUUCGUUCACCAAUUUGUCAGCCCUUUAUUGAAAAAGGACCCAUUUACAAGUCUGCCAGACGAACUGUGUCUUCGGAUAUUAUCUUUCAUCGAUGACCCAAAAGUUUUAGCACGAGCCUCGCAAGUUUCCAAACGAUGGCGAGAUCUCCUUAGCGACGACAUGACAUGGAAGAAUCUAUGUGUCAAACACGACUACGGCCGCCGACUAUCCGAGGUCUACACACAUGCACCUAGUUUCUCAUCAAGACCAUCAGUACUGGCUUUGCAUGGACUCGAUGCCGACAUGGCCAGCAGCAGCAGUUUCCCAGGCGCGCGCCCUUAUUCCUACGCCUCAGGGACCCGAUUGUUCGAGGGCUCGAAUGCUUCUGGUCGACCCAGGUUACGGACUUACAAGUCCCACUUCAAGCAGAGAUAUCUUGUUGAAGCUGCUUGGCGAUCCGGCGGUACUAGCACAACGCGGAAUAUCACCCAAGAGGGGGGUGUCGUCACAAGCCUGCAUCUGACGCCCAAGUACAUCAUUGUGGCACUUGAUAAUGCCAAGAUUCAUGUGUUCGAUACUGAGGGAGACUCGCAACGCACCCUGCAGGGACAUGUUAUGGGUGUCUGGGCCAUGGUUCCCUGGGAUGAUACUCUGGUCAGUGGAGGCUGCGAUCGCGAUGUGAGAGUAUGGAACCUCAAGACUGGUGCCUGUUUACACACCUUGCGAGGUCACACGUCGACAGUCAGGUGCUUGAAAAUGGCCGAUGCGAACACGGCAAUUUCUGGAUCCCGGGAUACCACCCUAAGAAUCUGGGAUAUCCGAACCGGUCUUUGCAAAAACGUUCUUGUUGGCCAUCAGUCCAGUGUUCGUUGUCUCGAGAUCAAGGGAGACAUUGUCGUAUCCGGUAGCUAUGAUACUUUCGCUCGAGUCUGGAGCAUUUCAGAGGGCCGUUGCCUUCAAACGCUACAGGGCCAUUUUAGUCAAAUUUAUGCCAUUGCGUUUGAUGGUAAGCGAGUCGUGACGGGUAGUCUGGACACCAACGUGAGAAUUUGGGAUCCGACUUCUGGUGAGUGCCUGGCUAUUCUCCAGGGUCACACGUCCCUCGUUGGACAGCUUCAGAUGCGCGGUGACACCUUAGUUACUGGUGGAUCAGAUGGAUCGGUUAGAGUUUGGUCACUGAAAGAAAUGUGUCCGAUCCACCGUCUCGCAGCUCACGAUAACAGCGUCACCAGUCUGCAAUUUGAUGAUACUCGAGUCGUGAGUGGUGGCAGUGAUGGUCGAGUUAAGAUCUGGGACCUCAAAACUGGACAUCUCGUUCGUGAACUCAUCGCGCAAGGUGAAGCUGUCUGGCGUGUUGCCUUCGAAGAUGAGAAGUGUGUUGCGUUGGCCCUGAGACACGGCCGUACAGUCAUGGAGGUGUGGUCGUUCUCACCACCCGAAGAUAUGCUAUAUGACCGACCACUCUCGCUUCAACAGCGGGUACUGGAGGAUGACCCGAAUCGACCACUGAGCGCCAUGGCUAUCGACUAUCGUACUUCACAACAGACUUUGGCCAGUCCUAGCCAAGACGCUUUAACCCAGGAUGUCGAGAUGAACGACGUUGGACCUUCAACUGCCCCAUUGCAGGGCGGUACGUUCUUUCAUGACGACUGAGCUGGGAGUUUGGUGAUGCCAACGAUGGCCCUGCGUCAACCAUCGUGAUAUGACAUCGGCGAGCACCAGUGUUUCAAGCGUAACCCGAUUUUGUGGACUCAACACUUAGUAUCGAAGACGGAUCCGGUCAUCCGCACUGCAUUGCACUAUACUUUUUCUUCGAAUUGUUGUAGAGGCGCCAAGGGAUUUUGAAAGCAUGUUUUGGGCGUUGCUGCAUCACCACCAGUUCACAGAAUAUGUUAGUUAUGGAUGGAUGAUCAUGCAAAUUUGCAUGGGAGUAUGACAGCAUGAAACAAGGGGUCAUGGGAAACAGGAGCCACGGAAAUGGAAUACGGAGUUGCAUCUCAAGGCGGCUCGGACUAUAUAAGAAGUCGAUGCCAACGUUCUGGUUUUUUGACAUUGAUCGUUAUCUUCAUCAUAAUACCACAUUGACAGCGCAUGUAUAGAACGAAUAGAGAUUAGCCCAGUAAUGUUGGGUUCCACCAAUAAGACCUGCCAAUUCUUUGUUUUUUAUUUAUUUAUUCCGG